AUGGACAACAACAACAUGGACAACAGCAACAUGGACAACAGCCACAUGGACAACAGCAACAUGGACAACAUCCACAUGGACAACAUCCACAUGGACAACAGCAACAUGGACAACAUCCACAUGGACAACAACAACAUGGACAACAGCAACAUGGACAACAGCCACAUGGACAACAGCCACAUGGACAACAUCCACAUGGACAACAUCCACAUGGACAACAGCCACAUGGACAACAUCCACAUGGAUAACAUCCACAUGGACAACAGCAACAUGGACAACAGCAACAUGGACAACAUCAACAUGGACAACAGCAACAUGGACAACAUCAACAUGGACAACAGCAACAUGGACAACAGCAACAUGGACAACAUCCACAUGGACAACAGCCACAUGGACAACAUCCACAUGGACAACAUCCACAUGGACAACAGCCACAUGGACAACAGCCACAUGGACAACAGCCACAUGGACAACAGCCACAUGGACAACAGCCACAUGGACAACAUCCACAUGGACAACAGCCACAUGGACAACAUCCACAUGGACAACAGCAACAUGGACAACAUCCACAUGGACAACAUCCACAUGGACAACAUCCACAUGGACAACAGCCACAUGGACAACAGCCACAUGGACAACAGCCACAUGGACAACAGCCACAUGGACAACAGCCACAUGGACAACAGCCACAUGGACAACAGCCACAUGGACAACAGCCACAUGGACAACAUCCACAUGGACAACAGCCACAUGGACAACAUCCACAUGGACAACAUCCACAUGGACAACAUCCACAUGGACAACAUCCACAUGGACAACAGCAACAUGGACAACAGCCACAUGGACAACAUCCACAUGGACAACAGCCACAUGGACAACAGCCACAUGGACAACAGCCACAUGGACAACAGCCACAUGGACAACAGCCACAUGGACAACAGCCACAUGGACAACAGCCACAUGGACAACAGCAACAUGGACAACAUCCACAUGGACAACAUCCACAUGGACAACAUCCACAUGGACAACAUCCACAUGGACAACAGCCACAUGGACAACAUCCACAUGGACAACAGCCACAUGGACAACAGCCACAUGGACAACAGCCACAUGGACAACAGCCACAUGGACAACAGCAACAUGGACAACAGCCACAUGGACAACAGCCACAUGGACAACAGCCACAUGGACAACAGCCACAUGGACAACAGCAACAUGGACAACAGCCACAUGGACAACAGCCACAUGGACAACAGCCACAUGGACAACAGCCACAUGGACAACAGCAACAUGGACAACAGCCACAUGGACAACAGCCACAUGGACAACAGCCACAUGGACAACAUCCACAUGGACAACAGCCACAUGGACAACAGCCACAUGGACAAUAUCCACAUGGACAACAGCCACAUGGACAACAGCCACAUGGACAACAGCCACAUGGACAACAUCCACAUGGACAACAUCCACAUGGACAACAUCCACAUGGACAACAGCAACAUGGACAACAUCCACAUGGACAACAUCCACAUGGACAACAUCCACAUGGACAACAGCCACAUGGACAACAGCAACAUGGACAACAUCCACAUGGACAACAGCCACAUGGACAACAGCCACAUGGACAACAACAACAUGGACAACAGCCACAUGGACAACAGCCACAUGGACAACAGCAAAAUGGACAACAUCCACAUGGACCACAGCCACAUGGACAACAGCCACAUGGACAACAGCAACAUGGACAACAUCCACAUGGACAACAGCCACAUGGACAACAGCCACAUGGACAACAGCAACAUGGACAACAUCCACAUGGACAACAGCCACAUGGACAACAGCCACAUGGACAACAUCCACAUGGACAACAUCCACAUGGACAACAGCCACAUGGACAACAGCAAUAUAGACAACAGCCACAUGGACAACAUCCACAUGGACAACAGCCACAUGGAUAACAGCCACAUGGACAACAACCACAUGGACAACUGCCACAUGGACAACAGCAACAUGGACAACAGCAACAUGGACAACAACCACACGGACAACAGCCACAUGGAUAACAGCCACAUGGACAACAGCCACAUGGACAACAUCCACAUGGACAACAGCCACAUGGACAACAUCCACAUGGACAACAUCCACAUGGACAACAUCCACAUGGACAACAGCAACAUGGACAACAUCCACAUGGACAACAGCCAUAUGGAUAACAGCAACAUGGACAACAUCCACAUGGACAACAGCCAUAUGGAUAACAGCAACAUGGACAACAGCCACAUGGACAACAGCCACAUGGACAACAUUCACAUGGACAACAUCCACAUGGACAACAUCCACAUGGACAACAGCCACAUGGACAACAUCCACAUGGACAACAUCCACAUGGACAACAGCCAUAUGGAUAACAGCAACAUGGACAACAUCCACAUGGACAACAGCCACAUGGACAACAGCCACAUGGACAACAGCAACAUGGACAACAGCCACAUGAACAACAGCAACAUGGACAACAGCCACAUAGACAACAUCGCUUUCAUGUGA